UAAAUGCCUAAUCUCUCCAAAGUGACAGAGAGAAAUCAACGGCGAAAAGUGUCGGUACGAUAACACGCGUCCCUCGCCGGAGAUUUUGGGGCCCAACGCCCCACCGUACUUUGGGAAAACCCAUUGAUUAAGGCUCUGCUCACGUUAAAAGCCACGCCCCCAUUCACCUAAAAAUAGCAUCCCACCCACCGCCGGUGAUGGAAGGAUAGCUCAUUAUCUAUCUUUCUUCUCUUCCUCACUGCCAUCUGCUAUCUGCCCCAUUUGUCUUCUUUCUCGCUAUCAGCCAAAAUCGGUUUUAAUAUUUACAGCGGUGAGGUCAUGACAGUUUCGGGUUUUCUUGGGAGGAUAUAAUAUAAUGUACUCGGAGCUAGGGCGGACGACGCAAAUGGCUUCUUCGAGUUCGAUGUCAAAGAGCAGAGGCAAAACGGCGGUUUUCUCCGAUGCUUUUCUGUGCACCGGCGGGACUCUUGUGGCGUUUCUUUUGCUCUGGGGGGUUUGGGCUUUUGUUGCCCCAAAUCCCAAUUUUAACGGAGGAUUUCCAGGGAAAAUGUCUGCGGUUCCCGGCGCCGGCGAUUGCUCUUACGCGCAGGGGUUUAACCUGCGCGACGACCCGCCGGAGAACAAUUUCUACGACGACCCGGAUUUGAAGUACACCAUCGAGAAGCCGGUGAAGAAUUGGGACGAAAAGAGGAAAGCGUGGCUAGAGCAACACCCCUCGUUCAUCCCCGGGUCGGCGAACCGGGUUCUAGUGGUGACCGGUUCACAACCCUCGCCCUGCAAGAACCCGGUCGGCGACAAUUUGCUCCUCCGCCUCUUCAAGAACAAGGUCGACUACUGCCGCCUCCACGGCUACGAUAUCUUCUACAACACCGUCCUUCUCCACCCCAAAAUGUUCUCUUACUGGGCCAAAGUCCCAACGGUCCGGGCCGCCAUGCUGGCCCACCCGGAAGCCGAGUGGAUCUGGUGGGUCGACUCCGACGCCGCCUUCACCGACAUGGACUUCAAGCUCCCUCUCCACCGCUACAAAAACCACAACCUCGUCGUCCACGGCUGGCUCAACAUGAUCUUCGAGAAGAAGAGCUGGACCAGCGUUAACGCCGGCGUCUUUCUCAUCCGGAAUUGCCAGUGGGCCAUGGAUUUCAUGGACGUGUGGGCCAGCAUGGGCCCACACUCCCCACAAUACGAUCACUGGGGAAACACUCUCCGGAAAACCUUCACGGACAAGAUAUUCCCCGAAUCGGACGACCAAUCCGGCCUCAUUUACCUAAUUUUAAAGGAACAAGAAAAAUGGGGGAACAAAAUCUACGUGGAGAGCGAUUACUACUUCGAGGGGUACUGGGUGGAAAUCGUGGGGAAAUUGGAUAACAUCACCGACAUGUAUUUAGGGAUCGAGAAGACGGCGGCGGGGAAGAAGCUGCGGCGCCGCCACGCCGAGAAGGUCAGCGAGAGUUUCGCCGAUAAGUGGGAGGAGCAUCUCAAAAACGCCGGCCAAGGGAGGAGUGGUUGGAGACGGCCGUUUAUCACGCACUUCACCGGCUGCCAGCCCUGCAGCGGCGACCACAACGAGAUGUAUUCCGCCGAGACCUGCGCCGACGCUAUGCACAAAGCUUUGAACUUCGCCGAUAACCAGGUGCUUCGGAACUAUGGCUUCAUGCACAGGGAUCUACUGGACACCGCCUCCGUCGUGCCAUUGCCGUAUGAUUUCCCCAAGUAAUUAAACUUCUCCGGCAGGAUUUGUACUUUGUUAGCAUAAAAUUAUGAAUCAUUAAUCAAAUAUUAUAUAGAUGCUAGGGUAUUGUAUUUGCUGUUCUUCCUUAAUCCCAUUUUCUGUUCAGUGAAAACUCCAUUUUGGCACA